AUGAUGAAUCUAUUCUGCAUUAUAAUCCUACUUCUUUUAAGCUUAGAAUUAAAGGCUGAUAUGUACGAUGAGAGCAGAAUAUUUAACUGUUAAGAAGACAGUUAUGAUGAAUAAUUUCUAAUAAACUAUUAAAAGCUUAAAUUGUUUCCAAUAGAUUGUUGGACCUUUGUAUUAUUAUGUAUAAGUUGAAUGAUCAUUCAAAGCCCCUAUCACAUUUUCGAUUUCCGUCCGAAUUAUCUAUGAGUUCCUUAAAGAUUUAACACUUUUUGGAGGUCCUGGGGAUGUAAUCUUUGUGAUAACAUUAACGAAUGGAAUACAAUCAUUAAUUCAAUUUUCUACGGCUUUGUAUGUAUUAAUAGAAGAUUCAGCUCCAGUUAAAUUAUUCUGUGAUGUAAUUAUAAGAAUAAAUUAGAUUACAGGGAUAACAACAUCGAUUGUAUUUGUAAUUUCGAAUAUAAACAUUUUUAUAUUCUCUGCUUACCCACUUGCUUUAGUGUAUAAUACAUUGGAGAAAACAGUGAAAUUUAUCAGAAUAUUCAAUUACACUCUGACAGGUCUUAUAAUAAUCUUAGUUAUAUUGGGAUUUCUGUUUAAUGAUAAUAUAAUUUCGAUUACGUUAAAUGGGUAUUAAUAAUUUGAUAUUUUUAGUAUGUGUGCAAUUUCAGCUACUCACUAAUCUUUUUGGGAUUAUAUUAUAGCCUCAUUUUAUUUGUUUGUUUUCCUUUUAUUCGCAACAAUGUCAAUUAUUUACGUUUUUACAUUCAAAAGGUUAGUUCCUAAAAUGUCAUCAAUUAAAGAAUUAAGAGGCAAAUAUUUGAGAUAUUAUUAAAAAUUCAUUAUAUUUAGCCUUGUGAUGAAAUUUUUUCUUGGAAUUUUCAGUGCAAUUAAUUUACUUAAUUGCUAUAUCUUUUUGAAAGCCUAUCUUUUACCUUCAGAAACUUGCGACAACAUUACACAAGCUCUUUGUAUUUUAGGAUAAGUUAUCAUUAUCACAAAAGAUCCUCUACUAAUACCUAAAUUGCAUCAUUAAGAAACUUCUGAAAGUUUGUAAGAUUUAGAUUCACCCAACGACACAAAACCUGAAAUUGCUAUGUAAUGUAAGAAUAUGGUUUUGAUUUUUUAGAAUUUAACCUUUUAGAACAGUUGUAAAAAGAAAUGAAAAAAACUCAAGUAAUUUCUAUGUUAGCAGGGAUAUAAAUUUUAAUAAAAUAGAAUUAAGAAAAAACUAUAUUAUAUAAAGAUCUAGAAAUAAUUGAUGAUUAGGAUGAUGGUGAAGGACCAUGCAUUGGGGAUUUAAGUGAAUUGAUUGAGGUCUCCAUAAAACCAUUUACUCCUCAGGAAAUUGAAGAAUGUUGGGUAGUCAAUUUGGAUAAUGAUCUAAUAAAAUCCUCAUUUCAUGAUAACCAAAAUAUUUAGGUUUUUUAAACGAGAUGUAUUUUAUACGCUCCAAAGAUUUUUAAUUAUUUUGUGACAUUAGAUAAUGUUGAUUUAGAGGAUUCUUUUGAUGUUCAUAAGAACUUAUCGAAUAUUGAACAAUUCACAGGUCCAGAUGGUGGAAAAAGUGGGGAAUUUUUUUUUUUCUCUCAUAAUAAUUAAUUGAUUAUUAAAACAAUGAGAUAAGCUGAGGUAAAUACUUACAAAAAACGCUUAUUAAACUUUGCUACUUACUAGGCCAAUAAUCCAGAAUCGUUAUUAAAUAAGAUAUAUGGCAUGUAUACGUUUGAAAGAGUUGAAAAAUCUAAUGCAAAGAUACACUUUUUAAUAAUGAAGAAUCUAUCUUUAGGCAUCCCAAAGAAUUAUAUAUUAAGAAUCUAUGAUUUAAAAGGGUCUGAAUAUGAUCGUGAAGUUCUUGCUAAAAGAUCUGAAACUGAUUUAUCUAAAUUGACUCUAAAGGAUUUAGAUUUUUUCAAAAUAGAAUAAUAAAUUUGGGUAGAAUAAUCAAUUAUGUAAAGUAAUAUAAUUAAAUCAAUCUAGAAUUAAAUUAGAAUUUGAUUAAGGACUCUGAAUUCUUAGAAAAAUAACAACUCAUUGAUUAUUCGUUAUUGGUUAUGAAAAUAGAUUGGAAAGAUCAAUAAAAAUUAUUGUAUAAACAUUUGGGCAACUAAUAUAUCAAUGUUAAUCCUUCAAUUAAGGAAUAAAAUGUAAAUUGAUAUAUUAUUUAUUAGAUUUAUUAUCAUAUUGGUAUUAUUGACUAUUUACAAUAAUGGAAUGUGAAUAAAGCUCUUGAAAGAAAAACAAAAAAGAUUAUUAAAAUGAAUUUAUAACUAGAUACUUCUGCAUAAGAACCAAAUAGAUAUGGAAAAAGAUUUAAAGAGAAAUUGGUAAGUAGAAUCCUGCCCUUAUGA